AUGGCUGACGAAGAUCUUGUUCGCCUUGAAAUCAACGGCAUUUUUGCCCUCAUCACGCUGAACAACCCAACAAAGUUCAACGCCUUGACACAGAGUCUGUAUUACCGCCUUGCAAACUUGCUUCGAGAGGCCGAAGAAAACCCAGAGGUCUAUGUUACUGUCUUGAUCGGUGAAGGCCCCUUCUUCUCGGCAGGGGCUGACCUCAAAGGGAGACCCCCAUCUAUGGAGGAGACUUUAUCUCGCCAUUACUGGCUUCCCAAAUUGGUUAACAACAACGUUGAUGUGGCGAGAGCGCCCUACAGCCAUUCGAAGAUCCUGGUCACUGCGCUGAACGGGCCUGUUAUUGGACUUUCUGCAGCCUUGAUAUCUCACUCGGACUUUAUCUACGCGGUAUCCGAUGCUUAUUUGAUGACUCCUUUCACCUCUCUCGGCCUUGUUGCCGAAGGCGGCUCCAGUGUUGCAUUUGUGCAGCGAAUGGGUCAGGGCAAGGCAAACGAAGCACUCCUUCUUCCAGCGAACGAUUUCGAGUGCGUGGUCCGCUGGAAAGUCAGGCUAAAGAGCUGUCCGCUCUUGCUUUCUAUAUAG